UUGCUUUCGCGUGUUGAAUUGUGUAAUAAGCAGAAAAAGUAAGGUUGGAAUUACUUUUCUGGCUGUAUUGACUGAAGUUACUGUAGAUGACCAUUUUAGCUAUUUUUAUAUAUAACUUUUUCUUUAUUUUAUUAAUAAAAUAUAUUUUAAAAAUAAUUUUUCUUAAAUCAGCAAAAUCAGCCAAUGCACUCACUUCAGUCAGAACUUCAUAAAUUUCAGCGGAAUCAACCAAAUCAGCCUAUUUUCGUGCUAGCCGGUUUUGAAUUUUUUUUUCCUUUUGAAAGCACGGGCUCUGGAUUUAUACCCCAAAUUUCUACAAUAAUGAUCUGCACUGCAUUAUCCGGAGUAUUCUACAAUUCAUCAUUCUUCCAUAUCCAUCUAUCAGGUAUUUCCUUUUCUACUCUCCACCCUCAGUCUUAGCUGCUUCAGCUUCCAACCUUAACAAGAAUUCUCGAACAGUAAUUAGUGAGCACACUGUUGUGCAAUAUGACAUGGUCAAGGCACUAAAUGCGUGGGGAGAUGACAUCACCUCGCUCGUCUGGUUAUGUAGAUCCUGGUUGGGAACAUGGUGUAGCCCAAGACGAGAAGAAAAAGAAAGUCAGAUGUAAUUAUUGUGCGAAAGUAGUCAGUGGUGGGAUAUACAGAUUAAAACAGCAUUUAGCCCGCCUCUCGGGUGAAGUGACUUAUUGUGACAAGGCUCCUGAAGAAGUUCGUUUCAAAAUGAGAGAAAAUCUAGAAGGAUGUCGUUUCAGUAAAAAGCCUAGACGUGUUGAAUAUGAUGAACAGACAUAUAUGAAUUUCCACGGCAGUGAUUAUGCAGAAGAGGAGGAUCAGAUAGGGUACAAGAAUAAAGGAAAACAAUUGGCUAGCUAUAAUGACAAGGGUUUGGUUAUAAAUUUAACCCCCCUGAGAUCACUAGGCUACAUUGAUCCGGGAUGGGAACAUGGUGUUCCCCAGGAUGAGAGAAAAAAGAAAGUAAAAUGCAACUAUUGUGAAAAAAUAGUGAGUGGGGGUAUAAACCGUUUUAAGCAACAUAUAGCAAGAAUACCAGGGGAAGUUGCACCAUGUAAAAAUGCUCCUGAAGAAGUGUAUCUUAGGAUAAAAGAGAAUAUGAAAUGGCACCGAACAGGACGAAGGCAUAGACGACCUCACACUAAAGAAUUAUCAGCCUUCUAUAUUAAUAAUUCAGAUAACGAAGAAGAUGACGAAGAUGAGUAUGAAGAUCUCGAAGAAGAUACAGUGCAGAAUAUGAGCAAUGAAAAAUAUUUAGUGGGAGAUAAUAAAAGAGUUGAGAGCGACUCAAGAAGGCAUUUUAGAGGGGCAUUUCCUGAACCAUUAACAAAAAGGUCAAAGUUUGACACAUAUGGGGCAACACCAAAGGCACUCAUUCCUCAAACUCCUCUUGGGAAAGGAAAGGCAGGUUCCGACAAAAAGGCCUUCAAGGAGGUUGUGUCUGCAAUAUGUAAGUUCUUCUAUCAUGCUGGAGUUCCUCCUCAUGCAGCAAAUUCUCCCCAUUUCCAUAAAAUGUUGGAGUUGGUUGGUAAUUAUGGACAGGAUUUCGUAGGCCCUUCCAGCCAAAUGAUAUCUGGAAGGUUUCUGCAAGAUGAAAUUGCGGCUAUAAAAAACCAUUUUAUUGAGUAUAAAUCUUCUUGGGCAGUCACAGGCUGUUCUGUUUUGGUAGAUAGUUGGAAAGAUACACAGGAUAGGACAUUAAUCAAUAUUUUGGUUUCCUGCCCCCGUGGUAUGUACUUUGUUUGCUCUGUUGAUGUAACUGAUGUUAUUGAGGAUUCAAUGCAUCUAUUCAAGCUUCUUGAUGGAGUAGUUGAAGAGAUGGGUGAGGAAAAUGUCAUGCAGGUGAUCACUCAGAAUACACCAAGCUAUCAAGCUGCAGGAAAGAUGCUUGAAGAAAAAAGGAGGCAUUUGUUUUGGACACCUUGUGCUUCAGAUUGCAUUGAUCGAAUGCUUGAAGAUUUUUUGAAGAUAAAAUGGGUUGGAGAAUGUAUAGAGAAAGGACAGGAGGUCACGAAAUUCAUUUAUAACCGACUUUGGUUGUUAAGUCUAAUGAAAAAAGAAUUUACAGGGGGGCAGGAACUUCUAAGACCAUCUUUCACCAAAUUUGCUUCAAGUUUUACCACCGUCCAGAGUUUGCUGGACCACAGGAAUUGUCUUAAGAAAAUGUUUCAAUCAAACAAAUGGCUCUCAUCUCGAUGUUCAAAAUCAGAUGAAGGCAAAGAGAUUGAAAAAAUUGUUAUGAAUGCUUCAUUUUGGAGGAAGAUGAUGUAUGUGAGGAAAUCAGUUGACCCUAUCUUGGAAGUUCUUCACAACAUCAAUAACAAUGAAAGCCAUACAAUACCUUUUAUCUACAAUGAUAUGUACAGAGCAAAACUUGUGAUUAAAGCUAAUCAUAACGAUGACGUGCGUAAGUACCAACUCUUUUGGGAUGUGAUAGACCGUCAUUGGAAUAUUUUAUCUCACCACUCACUCUACCUGGCUGCUUACUUUUUGAAUCCUUCAUACCGGUAUCGUCCUGAUUUUAUCCCGCAUCCAGAGGUUGUACGUGGGCUGAAUGCAUGUAUUGUUAAAUUGGAAGCUGACAGCACCCGUAGAAUUUCUGCUUCUAUGCAGAUAUCUGAUUUCAAUGCUGCUAAAGCUGAUUUUGGGACUGAUUUGGCAAUUAGUACCAGAAUGGAGCUGAAUCCAGCUGCAUGGUGGCAACAGCAUGGGAUAAAUUGUUUAGAGCUACAGCGCAUAGCUGUACGAAUACUAAGUCAAACUUGCUCAUCUUUUGGGUGUGAGCAUAACUGGAGCAUUUAUGACCGAGUUCAUGAUCAAAGGCAUAACUAUUUGGCGCAGAAAAGGUUGAAUGAUGCGAUCUUUGUCCAUUAUAACCUGCGAUUUAGGGAACGACAGAGGAAAGUGUCCAAUGAUCCCAUUGUACUUGACAGUGUGCUACAAGAAAGUUUAUUUUAUGACUGGAUUGUAGGGUCAGACAGAGAAGUCCUUCAAGAAGAUGAGGAAGGUCUGUACAGUGAAAUGGAACUGGGUGAAUAUGAUGAUAAUGAUUUCACGGAACAUGAUGGUGGUGGAAAUGGGAUGGAGAUGAUGUCGCUAGCUGGUGCUGCUGGACCUCUGGAAGUUCAUCAUUGGAGAACAGACGAAGAUGAAGAAGAUGAUCUCAAUUUUUUAGAUGAUGACAUCAGUGAUUAGAAUCUCCAGUCUAAAGCCAACAGACUACAUGAAAUCAGUUUUCAGGCUUGAAACACAAAAUUUGAGUUCCCCCCAGUAAGACCUCAUUGUAUAAAAAUGGCUCACAUUGAAACACUAGAAUUUCGGAAGCAGCCACCCUCAUAUUUUGUACUCACACAGAGCAAAAAGAAACAUCCAAUCCGGGGUAGCUAUUUUUGAGCCGCUAUAAAUCAGCCAGCAGCCUCAUACCAAGUAAUAGAAUUUUUUCUGGUUUUGUGCAAGGGGGUUUGUGAAUCAAUUUUUGUGCUAUACUGAAUGUAAACUUUUUCUUGAAAUGCAAGAAAGAGGGGUGAUGAAUAGAGAGGGUUAUUUUGUUGUAUCCCUUUUUGAAGGGAAAAAACACAUCACGAUUACAUUUUGACCUCUUACCUACAAGGCUACAAUGCCGCACGUUACCAAAACUUCUGUCAUUCCGUGUCUUCUGCAUCUUUUGGUAAAGUUUUCGAAAUAGGAGUAAAUAGAUUUCAGAAAUUCAAAA